UCAACCCUUUAUCUGCCCGACAGGCCUCGUCCCCUUUUCCUGUUGUUGAGCGUUUUGCAUCUCGUCCGUGAUUGCUCUGAAUAUUUCCUCGCGUUGCUGACAAGAUGGAGCUGCUGGCCAUCACCAACUUCAACAUAAUCCUCAGCGUCCUGGGAGGCUGGAUCACUUUUUCCGGCCUCUUUUCGUCGCUGCUAAAGGAGAAGUAUUACCUUUCCGAAGCCGUAACCUCCCUCCUCGCCGGCGCCAUCCUCAGCAACGUCGUCCACGUCCUCGACCCGCUCGACUACGCCGGCGGUUCGCCCGAGCGCCUGGGCGCGGCGACCCUCGCCCUCAGCCGGCUCGUGCUGGGCGUGCAGCUCGUCAUCGCGGGCGUGCAGCUGCCGCGCCGGUACCUGCGCGCCCAGUGGCGGCCGCUCUCGCUACUGCUCGGGCCCGGCAUGCUGGCCGCGUGGGCGUGCAGCAGCGCCGCCAUCUGGGCCGCCGUGCCGGGCCGCCUCCCCGUCCUGCACGCGCUCGCAAUCGGCGCGUGCGUCGCGCCCACGGACCCCAUCCUGGCGGGCGCCGUCGUCAAGGGCAGGUUCGCGGACGAGAACGUCCCCGCGGCGCUGCGGGACCUGAUCGUGGCCGAGUCGGGCGCGAACGAUGGGUUGGGGUAUCCGUUUCUGUUUUUCGCGCUGUAUCUGAUCAAGUACACCGGCGGCGUCGGCGAGGCCGCUGUUGGGUUAAGCGGCAGCAGCACGGAAGGCGGGGCUGGUACGGCCCUGGGACUGUUCCUGUGGCACACGUGCGGCUACGUGGUGCUCCUCAGCGUUGGCUACGGCUGGGUCGUGGGCUCGGCGGCCCGGCGCAUCCUGCGGUGGGCGGAGCGGCGGCGGCACGUGGACCGGGAGAGCCUGCUGGUGUUUGCGGUGCCGCUCGCGCUCUUUAUCGUCGGCACCUGCGGCAUGGCCGGCAGCGACGACGUGCUGGCGUGCUUCGUGGCCGGCAACGCCUUCACGUGGGACGACUGGUUCCGGCUCAAGACGGCCGACGACCCGAUCCAGCCCACGGUCGACAUGCUCCUCAACGUCGCCGUCUUCAUGUGGCUGGGCGCCGCGUGCCCGUGGGCCAGCUUCUGGUCCGGCGAGGUGGUCGGCCCGGGCCGCCUGGCGGCGCUGGGGGUGCUGGUGCUGCUGUUUAGGCGGCUCCCUGCCAUCUUGGGCCUGUAUCGACGUAUUCCCCAGAUCGAAGAUGGACGGCAGGCGCUUUUCGUUGGGCACUUUGGGCCGAUUGGGGUGUCGGCCAUCUUUUAUCUCUAUGUCGGGCUGGAGUUUCUGCAGACCGUCACUGUUGGCGACGCACAACGGCCAGACGCCAAGCAGCUUGGGGAAGUCAUGACGGUCGUCAUAUGGUUUUUGGUAAUAUGCAGCGUGGUUGUGCAUGGGCUGAGUAUCCCCGCGGCCAAACUGGGUUCCUGCGUUUGGGCGACAGCAGUCCCUCGCCCUGGCGCUAUCGCUUUGCCUCCGUGAUAUCAGUGUCCAUAGAGUAUUUGGCACGUAUCAUGUGGUAAAGGCGACUUGAGACGUUCCCGGUUUCCACAUUUUUUACUCAGGAUGCAGAAUUUUCUUGUUAUUUCACAGCCUAUUACAUAUAUCGCCACCUCCCCUACUCCUAUGGAAAUCAGUGAAAUGCAUUAGACCUGAACGCCUGGCUGGAAGUACAUCAUUCAAGGCGUCACCAUAUAUUGUAGCUUGUACCCCCGGCAAGGCACCACCCUCAAGCUCCGACAUUACUGAGUGGCACUCCAUGCUGGACGUGUUCACAGACCCGAAUAAAAACCCAACCCAACUUCAGUACCAUUUCGCUGCCGUACUCUUCAUAGCGCUGUCGGGCAGUUGAUACUUGUCGAUCAUA